AUGGUAACUUAUCCCUGUAUCCAGGAACACUUGGAAGAUGUGACAGAGGUGGAGCAGAGUGAACUGAUGGAGGAGAUCAAGUCGUUGGGGGCAGAACACAAGGUCACAAGAGGAACUGGAGAAGGCCCAAUCAGAGGUGAGCUCUGUUUACUUCCUGUGUCCUCUUGGCCAAUCAGAGGAAAGAUCAGAGGUCAGAGGCAUGACCGGACAGAAUCUGUGUGCAGGCUCAGAGGUGGUACCAUGAGCUGGGUGUGUCUGAGGUCAGGCGAGAGGAGGGUGAGAGGAGGGCAGCACAGGCAGCCAACGAAGUGAAGUGAAGAGGAUGAGAGAGGGAACGAAGGAGGUGGAGGAGACGAAGAGGGAGAACCACACACUGAGAGCAGAUGUACGAAUAGAGAAAGUAUCCCUCUCUCACUAACCACAGUAAUAAUAUAAUGUGAUGAUAACCCACAGGCUGUGUCUUUUGUUAGGUGGGAGAGGUGAAGAGCAGACUAGCGGGUCUGGAGAGAGAGAAGACUGAUGCCAACUUACUCAGGACCCAGAUAGAAGAGAACUUCAACUUGCUUCAGGCUGAACUUAAAGCCAAGGUGUGUGUUGUGAGAGUGUUAACUAAGUGUUUCUAUAUGUGUACUGUGUACCUGAAUUUGUGGUUGUUCAUUCACUGAGAUCUAGUGUGUGUGUGUGUGUGUAUUACAGUGUUGAUCUAAAGGAGCUGAGUUCAGAGUACAUUUCCCUGAAGAGAGACCAGGGCAGCAGAGAGGAGUGGGACGACAUACUCACCUCACUGAGGGUGCGCUAUGAUGACAUCAGAUCUAAGGUUAACAACCCUCUGUCAGAUAAGAUAGUUAAAAAUGUGUCUUUAGGUUACCAAUUUAGUUAGAAGUCAUCCUUUUGCACAGAUCUAGGAUCAGCUUAAUACCCUGUCUGAAUUCCAAGCCUUACCAAUACAAAACUGACCAAUGUCAAGGAGCAACUUCAUCCUACUCUGAUAAGACCACAGCUCCCUGCUUAGUGUUAGUGACGUUUGUUCAAAGACAUGAGGAAUACAUUUUUAUUAGAAGAGAGUUUUUACAAUCUCCAAAGAGCUGUAUUUGUGGUCGGUAAUAUAUUUUUUUAUUUAAUGUCUUUGUUAUUUCCAGUCAGUGUAUUUAGUCUAAUGGCUGUUUGUCUGUCUCCUUCUCUCCAGUACAAUGUUCUUCUGAGAAAGAAGAGCCAGAUGGAUCUGGACAUAGCUCCUCUAAAGGUGAGGGGGAAUGGAGAAUUGUGGGUGUCUGGUUUGAUACAUGGUUGUUUAGAGCUAAUAGAGGAUUUAUUGUUGGACUUGUUUUGACUGACAGCUGUUGUGUCCAAUGACAGGCCAAGCUGUCAUGAUUUGGUUUUGAUUGACUGAUGAUCUGUUCAAUGACAAGCCACGCUGUCACGAUUUGGUUUUGAUUGACUGAUGAUCUGUCCAAUGGUAGACCAAGCUGUCGUUUCUGGUGGUGAAGUGCCAGCAGAGGAACAGUCUACUAGUGCAGAUGAUGUGAGCCCUGCGUCGGUACGGCUGCCUGGACUACACUCUGACCCAGGAGGCUGAGGACCUGCUCACUGACACAGCACUGCACGACUACACCUUCACACCCGCAUCCACCGCUGCUCUGCAGGAGAACACCCACCUUCUCCCACAGAACUAACAGAGUGCUCCAAUACCUCUCCUGCAGCCUCCACAGCACAUGUAAGAGUCACGGUAACACACCUGACCACUGCACAGAACUGCUAACACAUCUUAGUACAGUGUAAUACAGAAAACAUACCUCACACCAGCUGAAGGGGUUUAUAACAUAACACACCUGUGUAAGGGGUUUCCCAGCCCAUCACUAAGGGUUUGUGUCUGGCCACGGCAGACUACUGCCCCUCUCCGAACAUGCCCCACACUUUACUGCCAACGGUCAGUGGAUCAUCCUUUAAUUUCGAUUUCAAAAUAUAAUGUGUUCAGUCACAGAGCCUAGUUUUGAUGCAUAUAACAACAUUAUAACAAUUGAUGUCUUGUUGCUUUAGUGUUGCAUGUCUUAUACACCAGGUUUAUAGUAUCCACACAUUUCUGUUACAGCUCCCCCUUUUUGCAGGUGAAUCAGUCCAAGUUACUGGAGUCCCAGACAGACGUGGGCUAUACCAAGCAGAGGUAAAAGGGGAAUACACCCUGGUUCCUGCCUGCUUCUUAAAGGAGAAUGGGAGACCACUCAUCGUGACUCCCCCCUGUGCCAGUCUGAGUAGGAAGCUUACCAGUCCUGAGAAGAUCAUCAACCUUCACCAGCAGCUGCAGAAGACCAACAGCUACCUGGUAGGCCUAUAGUACAGCUCGAACAACCUCUAUGCUACCUACCUGGGACACGAGUUAUUGAAAUAUUGAAUAACUUGAUUUUUCUCUCAAGGGAAACUACAUUUGUGGUACCAUUCAGUGUAAAAACACACAUUUAUAUUUUUUUCUUCACAAAGUCCCAAUGUAGUCUACUUAAAGAUACUACCAUGUCACCCCCUUUUCCCCCUUCUCUCCCCAGCUUCUCCCUUCCAAGACCAGACCCCAGGUUUACUCCAGUCCCCCUCCAGGUCAGGGGAACUCUCCAGGAUACCCCAACCCAAACCUUGCUGCCCCCAACCGACCCAAGCAUACCCCCAUACAGCUACCCCUUCUACUACAACUACUACUACCAGUGGUGGUGCUACCUCUUCUAAGCAAACCCUAAACAGAGAACCUCCAACUACUAACCCUCCUGUCCACACCAUCACUACCACUACUGCCCUUACCCGUGCUAAACAACCCCUCUCUAAAACUGGUUCUAAUACUGCUGCUACCUCUAAUACUACACCUCCUACCGCUAUGCUAUGGCUCAGACUGUUAAAGCACUAAGUACCACUGCCUCGUUGAACACUGCCCAAACCAAAACUGCCCCUCCAACAAUUACCCCUAAAACUACAGCCCCCACUAAAGCUGCCCCCUCCACCUCUGCUCUGCCCCCCAGUGAGAGGCCACGACUGCCUGAUGAGGACCACUGUGUCAAGAAGCCCGUCUUCAACUGCCAACCUGAACAGGCUAAAUCAACCAAACCCAGAGCUUAGCCGGGUAGAGUAGCCCAGACAACAUACACUGUUUACUGUACACUUGAUGGAACGCAUGGGUGUCUGAUUGUCUUUUGUUCUGCCCCUUUAGAACCUCCAGCUGAGGUGGGCUCUGUUGAGGUCAUCAGGAUGGUGGGACAGAGCAGCCUCAUGAUUGGCUGGGAGCCUUUGUGUAUGGAUACAGGGUAGGCUGCCUCUCACCUGGGAUACAGUAGAAUGUAAAUAAAUGGGUUUUGGUGUUGUCCAUUCUAUACAUUCCAAUGUCUCCAUAUGCCGUGCUCAUCUCGCGCUCUCUCUCUCUCUCUCUCUCUCUCUCUCUCCUUAGGGCUCAUAAGAGGGACUAUAUAGAGGGAUAAUGUCUCUCUAGAAGAGGUGAGGCGUGAUCGAGCUCUCUCUCUCUCCUCCUCUCUCCCUCCUAGUGAGAUGUAUCUAAGCUAGCCUGAAAUCUCGGCUAGAGCUCAUGGGGAAGGUCUAAGUCCUCUCUCGAGAUCCGGUCUCUUCUCUCUUCUCUCCUCCUCUCUCUCUCUCCUCUCAUCUCUCUCUCUCUCUCUCUCCUCUCUCCUCUCUCUCUCUCUCUCUCUCUACUCUCUCCCCCUCUCCCUCUCUCUCUUCUCUCCACAGAUCUAUGUAGACGGGGAAUUCCACAAGUCUGUAAUGAGCUCUGCAUGCCUCAAGGUACAAUUAACCAGUACUUUGACAAAAUGUUCCUCCUUUACUCCUCUUUCUUUCUCCUUCCUUAACAUCACUUUGUGCAGAGUUUCUACGUAUCAUGAGUUGAAUGGUUGAGGAUGACAGUGUGUAUCUCUCCUCUCUCUCAGUGUAUUCUUGAAUCUGGAUCUGUCUGUUGUAGAAUAAUAAAUAGUGAAGACAUCAAAACUAUGAAAUAACACAUGGAAUCAUGUAGUAACCAAAAAAGUGUUAAACAAAUCAAAAUAUAUUUUAUAUUUGAGAUUCUUCAAAUAGCCACCCUUUGCCUUGAUGACAGCUUUGCAUGUCUUCACUAUUAUUCUACAAUGUAGAAAUUAGUAAAAAAAUAAAGAAAAACCCUUGAAUGAGUAGGUGUGUCCAAACUUUUGACUGGGACUGUAUGUGUAAUAAACAUAAUAGCAGAGAAGUGUAUCACCAAAUGAAAUACUAUGAGUAAAUUAAUAACAACAGCAAUAGCAUUAACAGCAGGAGCAAAGGGUGGUAUAGUCAAUAAUAGGCUAUUACUUAAGGGAUAAUCAACGAGGGGCUGUGCGUUCUAUGUAAAAUAAUGAGGUGUGUUCCACGACGCUAGCGGAGUGGAACUGACCUUCCACAGAGUUGCAUUAUUUUCCAGAGAACUCAUAGAGCCUCGAGUUGAUUAUCCCUUUUAUACCAUGACUAUAUUUUAACACAUUUGCCGGUAGAAAUGUGUUCAGCAUCCACAGGAGUAGCUAGCAAGUUUUCUAUAGAGCGACGGUUAUUGCCAUGGUAACAAUAUAAAGACUGUAGUUUAGCUAACCAACCAUCAGUCCUAGCUUGCCAUUAUGAAAUCGAAUUCAACAAGCCAAUAAUGUUUUCAGAGUCGACUUUGUGCUUUCAAAAGCAGCUCAAUACUAAGGAUAUAAGAGAGAGUGCUUAUACCAUUGAAUUCACCGUGUCAAAUAACCUUGUAAGGGAAAUAAGCACACUCUAGAAUGGCCUUCAAGUCCAAUCAGUGACAAUAUCAACAAUAGCUAUCUUAUAAUUAAGCAUGAAUUCCCGAGGGGUGGGUAUAUGGCCUAUUACCACAGCUAUGGUGUUCUUCUUAUGCAUCGCGGAGUGCCUGAAUACAGCCCUUAGCCGUGGUAUAUAGGCCAUAUACCACUAACCCCCGUGGCUUAAUAGAUUCAUAUUAAAUACAUUCCGACAGAAUAAGUAGUCCUGACAAAAGUGUCAUUGCUAGACUGGUUGCUAUGCAACAUAACCACAGGCUAGCUAGCAGCUUACAUUAAAGUAUGCAAAAGCCAGCUACUUACGACGCUUCUAGAGUGACUAACACACGCCAAUUAUUUAUUAAUGUUGAUCUGAAUGUUGCCAUUUAUUGUGCACAAAUGAAUUUUUUUCUCCAUGUUAUCGUUUGUUGUUGGCUUGCCCAUGUUGUCAUUGUUGGCUCCAUGCUGCUAGAAAUGGAUGCCAUUCUUUUAGCUGGCGGAGCUGCUACUGUGUUGUCAGAGAGAAUAGUGCUCCACCGCUUCCUCGCUUCCAAAUCUGCCAUUCGGAGGGUGAAUGUGCAAGACAAAAUAUUUUUGUGCCAUUGAACUGGGUAUGAUAGUAGGUGCCAGGUGCACCGGUUUGAGUGUGUCACGAUCUGAAUGGGCCAGUAUCCCUGUGGAACGCUUUAGAAACCUUGUAGAGUCCAUGCCCCAACGAAUUGAGGCUGUUCUGAGGGCAAAAAGGGGUGCAACUCAAUAUUAGGAAGGUGUACUUAAUGUUAUAUAAACUCAGUUUUACCACCCUUGUGAGAGCAUGGGUCGGGCUAGCUGGCCAAUCAGAGGCUAGAAGCACUGCAUGCACAGGGCAUGCACAAGGGUGAGGGUGCAUGGCUAGAACCCGAUUGGCCUGGGCUGUGGUCUGGUGAUCUCUCACAUGAGUGGAGAGAAAGGGUGAGAAUGGGUUAGAACGAGUGAGACCAAGCAACAUGUAAUCAAGUUGUAAUGUCUGUAACGUCCAGGAGGAGUAAUUCUGUACAGCAACCCUAACCUGACCCAGCCAUUUCAAUGUUUUACUGCAGAUUUUCAGCCGCACUGUCCAGAAGCUCAAACGGCAAUGGUUUUCAGUUACUGUGUUUCAUUGAAAUUUGCAUGAUGAAAUAAUGAACUGUGAUGCAUUUGUGAUUCUCUACAUUACCAGUCGUCUCUUCUAGGCUUGUGUAUUAAUGUGUGUUUGUGCUUGCUUGCUUGUGACCUGUGUGUUCUCUCUGUGUAUGGUAUUUGCAUGUUUGUGUGUGUGUGCACUGUAUGUAUGGCGUGCCCUUCAGUUUGUGGCCAUCUACAACUGCAGUCCUCUGAGGGACACAGCCCUAACCUCCACCCCAGCAGAGAGCUGACCCUGAGAGAGGGAGACACUGUCACGCUGCUAGGCAACCCCCGCAACGACGGCUUCUGUGACGCCGAGGUGAGCCAAUCAACCACACCCAGCCGUGCAUCAGCUUGUAGCUUGCACCUUUUUUAUAUCAGACCAGCAGCUGUUUUAGGUGUUGAUACUUUGAGUGGAUCUGUGUCUCAUGUAUCAAACUGAGACUACAACUGUGUGUUUCAAGUGAGGGCAGGUGUACUGUAGAUAACGUACUGAGUGACUGUGUAUUUCAGGUGAAUGGCAGACGAGGUCUGGCUCCUGUUGCCUUUGUAGAGGAAGUUCUUGUUCCAGACAGACAUGUAAGCCCCGCCCCUUCCCAAUUUCCUCCUGAGAGAGGAACAGAUGAUAGGCCACUGUGA